AUAUCUGGGCCCUACUUGUGAAACAGUCGGUGUGCUUGACCAACCCCUGUCACUUUGGUGGCACUUGUGCUCCAUACCCAGGUAGUGGCUUCAUCUGCCUUUGUCCAUUUGGGAAACACGGCCUCUUCUGCCAAAAAGAUCUGGAAAUUGGCCACCCUCUGUACACGUCAUCAGUACGUGGAAUGGCCUCGUUCUCAGCCUACCCUGUGCCAGGAACCAUGUUCCACAGUUUUGAGAUGAGAUUUCGCUUCAUGACCCAAUCAACAGACCAAGUGGCACUACUGCUGUUUGUGGGCCAGGAUGGCCAACACGACGCCACCGCAGACCACAUGGCUGUUAGCUACAUCAAGGGCUAUGUCGUUCUCACUUGGAAUCUUGGCUCGGGUCCACGUAGGAUUUUCACCCCUAGAGCAGUCUUCAGCAAGUCAGGUGCUGUUCACCUGGUCAAGUUUGGACGUGUCGGUCCACAAGCAUGGCUGCAAGUCGACAACUUGGACAACGUGACAGGGACUUCUCCCGGCAGGAUGACCGAGCUCAACACAAAACCCACAGUUUACAUCGGAGGCCACAAGUUUGUCAACUUCAGCGGGCUCCCGCACGACCUCCCCCUUCACACAGGGUUCACCGGUUGUAUCUAUGGGGUGGAAUUUCGGGCGGGUCGUGUGAACGUGGCUGUCAGCCAGGUACGAGCACAGAGCAUCGUGGGUCGCAAUGUCGGCCAAUGUGGGACCUCCCAUUGCCACAACACAACAUGCCUCAACGGAGGUGCCUGCCUUGAUCAUGGAGCUACCUUCACGUGCCUCUGCAAGGACGGGUGGUUCGGACCAGUGUGCGCUCUAAGAUACAACCCCUGUGACAUGAGUCGGCACAACUGCUCCAGUGGUGCCACCUGUGUACCACUCGAGACUGGUUACCAGUGUGACUGUCCGUUUGGCAGGGUUGGCAAGUACUGUGAGAGAGAAGAGGUGCUGACCGACAUUAGCUUCACGGGGCUGCGAUCAUUUUUGGCCAUCCCCAAGGCCGAACUACACCUGUACCAGACCUGCGUAGAGUUUGAGCUAAGACCAUCCCAGGACCGAGGUCUGGUCUUGUUUACAGGACACCCACACAGUCCAUCCUUCUUGUCCAUAGCCCUUCAUGGAGGCAUACUAGAGCUCAGGCUCAAUACCAUCGGAGGUCAACGCAGGAAUGGAGAUGUGUUGGUGGUGCGCAGUGGUCGAGUACUGGCUCUUGCCACCUGGCAUACAGUGCGCGCUGGUCGUUAUGGAAACCGGGUGUUCCUGUGGGUCGAUGGUGCUGUCACGGCAGCGUCUCUUUUACAGGGAGAAUCUCUCCUGCCUUCCAGCCAUCCCAUCUAUAUAGGAGGUGUACCAGAUCUGAGCCAACUUCCACCAGGUGCGAUGGCCGGUCUUCCGGUGGCUCUGACCGGAUGUGUGCGCCGAGUCGCCCUCAACUGGCGACCGGUACAGUUAAUAACGGCCACUCAGGUGCUGGCUGCCCGCAACGUUGAUGACUGUGAUGGUACAGCUUGCGGAGGUGACGUGUGCCUACAUGCUGGCACCUGUUGGCUUGACACUAUGCUCAAACCCCACUGUACUUGUACCCAGGAAUUCACAGGGGAAAGAUGCGAGUCAUUAGUUUCCUGUCUCGAUUUACCUUGUGAAAACGGUGGACUUUGUAUAAAGAGUUCUGGAAGCAAACCUGUAUGUCAAUGUCCAGUCGGGUGGGAGGGUCCAUUCUGUUCACAAGCUCUGCCUGCAGGAGCAGCACACUUUGGUGGCAACAGUUAUCUCCUUGUUGAUCCUCAGUCAAGCCUCGCGGACCGAGGGGAGAUCGGUUCCCUCCGGCGCACCGAUAUAGACUUCCUGUUCUUAAACUUCUCCACAGCACAUCCACAAGGCAUGAUUCUGUGGAGUUCUCAGGAUGAAGAAUUCGUUGGAGUGGGCUUGGAGGGAGGACUGGUGAAACUCGCCUGGUCGUGGAAAGGACAAGAGGCAACUAUUGUGACACUACCAGGAGCUACAGUGGCUGACGGCAACUGGCAUGACAUCACCGUCAACUUCUCCAGUGACAACAUCACCGUCUGGAGUGACAGGGGAGACCCUCUCUCGUUCAUCAGUGACGGCCAGCGACCCAUUCUCACUGAUGGGGUCAUUCAUCUAGGUAAAUAUUCAUUAAUUGCUUUUUUUCAUUCAUCUCUGGCCUCCGUGGACGGGAGCAUGUGUCUGCAUUUCGGGAUGCUGCCGGAACUUUUGCCAACACAAGCCGUAUGCAGGAUGCAGACUUGCACUCUAGUCCACCGUGUGCUGGCGGCGCGGGGGGAGCCGUGGUACCUGGUGGAUAGACUUGUGACCCGGGGGGGGAGGUUGCUCUCCUCGCGGUACCCGACAGGACGCGCUACUGCAUUUUGCAAGGGGGGUUUUCCAAAUCAAAGAUCACGAGCAAGGAAAACUCGUGGCAUCUAUAGAGAAUCGUUUCAAGGCUGUGUCCGCGAGGUCGUGUGGACCGAUCACGAGGGCAUCACCGACUUCACGCGCUACAAGGGGGAGAACAUAAGGAGCUGCCCCGCUCUUCGGCAACUGAAGCUGUCUCAAGAUCAAAACGUCACUGCCA